GAGAGUAUAUCCACACACACACACACGCACGCACACACACACACCAAAUUUUAAAAGGCAAGGUGCUGCUAGUGCGAGACUCAGUCGACUCUUCACCGCUUCACCUGUCACACGCUAUAGUUUCGUCUUACACGAUCACUUGUUCUCCGACCGCGUUCAGAAACGGGACAUUUCUCUAGUGUUGCGAUAACAGCCAAACUACUAGUGCUGCUCUUAAAAACCUUUUCGUGUGGAUGGAUUGAAUUCUUUUGCAAACACGUUUGAAGACUCUUAAUUGAACAAAGGGAAUUUUGCUACCAAAAGAAAAUUGAGUUAAGACAGACAUUUUUCAUGGUUAAUGGAAUGGCCAAUCACUGUCACAUACACCAAAAUCAGCGGGCCGGUUUGGCUUUCUUGCCCAGUGCUGUCAUCGUCAUUUUUGUGUGGGGCGUCGUGUGUUCCGGCUGUGCCGCUUACACCAUCCGACAUCAUCAUCAGAACAGCCGGCCCAGUAAUAAGGGCCAUCAGCUCGUCAGUUCGGAUGGACAGGCUGAUGCGGAAGCGACGACAGCCGACCAACUGGACAUUGAUCGUUUUUACUUCCCAACCGACGAGGGUCUCAGAGAGUUCCAGCAAAUUCUUUUGCGUGAAUUGGGGCUCACUAAAGUACCUGACCUCUCCAAGGUAAACAUUACGCGGGAUGAAUACGAUCGACAACGUCAACAGUUGCUGCACAACUUUGGCGAGGACGACGUGGACGAGUACCGCCAGUUUUCCGCCAAUCCGGAAGACGACGAAGAACCGCACCGUGAAACGGUCAUCCUCAAUCAUCGCGAUGUCGGAGCUGGCCGACGUCACGUUGGGUCACGCGGAGUCGCUUGGAGAUUGCGUUUCCGGGCUCCGCGUUCGAGCGACGACAACAAUCGAUGGCAGGCAGAAUCUUCUCAUCCGCUGGAAUUGCAUUGGUCGUCUGAUCGAUCUGACUCGUCCGAUUCUGUAAUGAUAAAGAAUCCGUUACGUAGUCUCAGGUCGUGGAGUUUGCACGUCCGCAUCGAAUCCGAUCGCCAGAGCAACAGCCGGCACACUGUAGUGAUCCGGCCGGAAGAUUUGGAUAAUUCCAGCUACAACAACAGCAUCAAACCCGAUUUGAAGGACGGCCGGACGACUAUUGGACGAUUGGUUAAACGAGUUAAACAACGACGAUCACGUUUUGACGGUCAGCGUCGUCUGUCACGGUGUGAUUGUCAUUGGCUUCGGCGCUGGCGCCUUAGCGCACAGCUCCGCUUGACCGUCUCAUCAUCGAGGGCACCGUCUCAUCGAGUCAAACGCCACGUCGGUAAGAAGAACACCAACAUCAAGAGCAGCAACAACAGCAAGAACAACAACAUGAGCAACAAGAAGCGAUUAGCUCAACAACCCAAGGACAUUUUACUUGGCCAAUACUCGGCCAGCAAGAAGGGCGUCAAGGGUAGUGGUAAAACGGGCGCAAGUGACUGUUCCAGCAGUUCUAAGAAAAGUAAGAAAUGCUGUCCGCAUUCGUUGAAAAUCAACUUCCGCCAGUUGCCCGGCUUCGAUUGGAUACUGGAACCGAGCGAGAUCGACAUCUUCAUGUGCAAAGGUGAUUGCCAUUACGCUCAGUUUACUAGCCAGCAUCAACACGCUGUGACGAAUCCCGCUAGCAACCACGCCCUGUUCCAGGGCUACUUGCACACCAUCAACAAGCGUCUCGUACCGAAAUUGUGCUGCACGCCGAGCAAGUUGGAUAGCGUUCAGGUCGUCCAUUACGACCAAGACAACCCGGAGCAGUUGACUACCACCAAAUGGGAAGGAGCCAUCGUCAAAGAAUGCGCCUGUGCUUGAAAUGUCCCCCCCUUUUUUUUUAUUUUUCACGUUAAUUUAUUGUAAUCCCGAGGUACUGCGGACAAUGUUCGUAACAAAAAAAAAAAAAAAAAUUCCAAGACAGAAAGAAAUUUUAUCAAAAAAAAAAAACAAAAACUAUUUGCUAGAGCACUUAAGCAAAAAGAAUUAUUUCGCUAUUUAUUUUGGCAAGCUCCAUUUUUAUCUACCGCCCCUCAUCCAAAAGUCCUCUCUCAGGCUAUGAUUGCGUCACCAAUAUUUCGAGCGUGCCCUCUACACGCUACGUGCGGAGUUUUUCUUUUUCUGAUGAUCAUACUAGAAAUGCGUGUGUCGUAAAAGAGAAAAGAAAAAGUAAGACUAGUCGAUGUUUUGUUUUGGUUUGUUUCGUUCGUGUAAAUGAUGGACUCUUUGUAUAUUUGACCUCUUCCAAGCCGAUAGUUGUUGUGUAUUAUCCUAAACUUGUGUCCUGAGGUGGGUGACGAUCAUUUUCUUAAAAAUUUGAUUGGGACAAACAAAAUGGUCCCAAUAUUUCAGUACACGUGUAAAGGAAUGAAAAGCAUAUUUUUGUUUGUGUACGAAACAAAACAAUCAAGGCUGUUCUAAAUUAUUGGCUCUUGGUCGAUGACUUUUUGCAACUUUUUUUCUUUAACAAUUUUUCCAUCAAUCUAAAAAUAUCCCUCUGUGUGUGUCUCAAUUACCACCACCACUGUUGGAUACAACCGCCAAUGAUCUGUAUCUGAUUAUGUGAUGCCGAGUGUCUGUGUCCCAUCAACUAAAAUAUCUCCGAACAAACGAAAAGGCAUUUUUGUUUUCCUUCGUAUUUUGAAAGAAAAAUCGAAAAACUUUUAAAUUGUUUUAAAUCCUCUAAUUGUACAUACAUGUUCUUUUAUCAGAAACAAUUUCAAAGGAAAAAAAAAAAAUUAACCUUUUUAUCAAGAAAAAAGAAAAACAAAUGUUUUUGUAUUUUUUGUAAGUUUUUGUACUACCUUUGUAAAUAAGAAAACAAGAAUUUUUUUAAAAAGCGCCCUUGAUAUUCACCAACCGGUUGUGUCUGGAUGUGUGAUAUUAUAUGAAACCCUGCUGACAUACACGAAAUGUUUCAUGUCGUUUAAAA